CUGUGGCACCCACCUCCCCCGGCUCCCGCCCCCAGUGGAUCAUGGACGUGCUCGUCUGCAACGGGCUGGGCAUCUACUGCGGCAUGAAGACCCUCGAGUGGCUGUCCCUGAAGACGUACAAGUGGCAGGGCCUCUGGAACAUCCCAACCUACAAGGGCAAGAUGAAGAGGAUCGCCUUCCAGUUCACGCCCUACAGCUGGGUGCGCUUCGAGUGGAAGCCCGCGUCCAGUCUGCGCCGCUGGCUGGCCGUGUGCGGCAUCGUCCUGGUGUUUUUGUUGGCAGAACUGAACACGUUCUACCUGAAGUUCGUGCUGUGGCUGCCCCCCGAGCACUGCCUGGUCCUCCUGCGGCUGGUCUUCUUCGUCAACGUGGGCGGCGUGGCCAUGCGGGAGAUCUACGACUUCAUGGACGACCCGAAGCCCCACAAGAAGCUGGGCCAGCAGGCCUGGCUGGUGGCGGCCAUCACGGUCACGGAGCUGCUCAUCGUGGUCAAGUAUGACCCGCAGACGCUCACGCUGUCCCUGCCCUUCUACAUCUCGCAGUGCUGGACGCUCGGCUCCGUGCUCGCCCUCACCUGGACCGUCUGGCGCUUCUUCCUGCGGGACAUCACCCUGAGGUACAAGGAGACCCGGCGGCAGAAGCAGCGGAGCAGGGCCGACGGCAGUGUGGACGGCGGUGUGGACGGGCAUGGGCACCCGCCUGGGCCGGACGACUCCUUGGGGCCCGAGGAGGCCGCGAGGGAGGGGGUGCCGGCUCCAAAUUGAGAACGGACGCUGCGCCUCAGCCGCGUGGAGCCCGGGCCCGCCGCCCUCCAUCUGCUGGGAUUCCCGCUGGGCCUCAGCCCUCAAGGUUUUCUUUUCCUUUUCUCCCACAUGCACAGUGGGGCCAGGCACGUGUGUGUGUGUGUGUUGGGGGGGUUGUGCGUGCGGUCGUGUGGGCGUGCGUGCGUGCGUGCGUGCGUGGCAGCGUGAGUGCUCCUGGCUCCUGAGGCUCUGGGGCUCGCCCUGGGCCACGGCCUCCCCUUUCUGCGCAGUCAGCCCGCCAGCCUCGUCCGCACUAGGCCUUGGCACCCACUGAGCGGCUCGGCCCGAGCGGCAGCUUCGCGGUGCCCCUGCGGGCCCCACGACUCCCCUGGCAGCCCGUGCAAAGGAUGAUCACCCGGGAGCGCCCUGCGGCCGCUGAGAAAGGGCAGAUCCUUCACUUGGGGGCUUUCACCUGACCUUCAGACCUGGAGGGUGUGUGGCCGGGGCUGGGGGUGGGGUCAGAUACUCCAAGGCCUGGCAUCCUGGUGGGUCGUGGGGUCUCCGUGCCCCCAGAGUUGACCUCAUCCCCACGAGCAAACAGAACAAAUAAAAGCCACGGUGAAGGUCUGUC